CGCGCGUCGAUAAUUCGUGAUGCGAUCUAUCGCGAGGAAAAGAUCGAGAACGUAUUUCAAACAAACAAACACGCUUGCGCGCGUACACACGGCAUUAUUAUAAAUUACCACUGUUGCGCUGUUGUUGUACGUAUCGUGUUGGUCGCUGUUGAUUUAUCCGAGGGACGAUCGAAGGCAGCUUUGGUAAUUAGUCAACGACUGUUCGAAUACUUCCGGCAAUAUUAUGCUGAAAGAGGAAGGAAGUUAAUACGGGGGCGGUGUUCGAUUAGCAAUUUAAUAUUCGAGUUGGACGCCCGGUGUCACGAGCAAUUGGAUCUCAAGUGUCCGACGAAAAACUCCCCUCUCGUAUGACUGGCAAAGCGGAAAUUGAAAUUCGUACACGCGUUCGGUAAUGGCGUAGCCCAUCUGUGCCGAUUUCACAGCUGUCCAUCGAUUUCGCACGUUCGUCGUUAUCUCGCGCCAUAAAGGGAUCGAAAGGGCAACUUCUUGAAAAGGUCUGAAAAGAUACACACACCCUUUGUCCUUCCUUCAAUCGAUCUCGAUCCUGUCUCGAGGGAAUCAACCGCGUGAAUAGACAAUUUCAGACUCAAUGGAACGACGCAACUGUCACUUUUCGAGUUAGAUGUGACGCACGUGAAAUUUAUAGAGUAUUACAGAGAUACUCCCGGGUCUCCGAUCUAUUUAUUUUCGGGAUGCUACACUCGAGUCACGAGUAUCGGGUUCGUUGACGAUGGCCGUGCCCAAGAAGAAGUUACUCGACACCGUCUGGAACACCACGACGUUUCUGCUCACCAAGCAGCCGGAGGACUUUGUAGAGAGUCAUCGCGUUAAGAUCGUCAUCGUCGGCAGCGGUUACACCGGAGUUGCGGUUGGGAUUGCGAUCCUCUUCAAGCGACUGGCCUCGGAGGUGGUGUUCAUAGACGCGGACGAGGAAUUGGCGAAAGCAGAGGCGGAAGACAUCAGCCACGCGGCGGCGUUCCUCGGCGAUCCGAAGAUUCUCGGCACCAAAGACUACUCUAUGGCCAGAGAGGCGACGGUGUGCGUGAUCACCGUGGGGGAUAAAGCAACGAGCGAAGACGACGGCUCUCUGUUGGAUAAUAAUUUGACUAUUUUUAAGGACGUUAUCCCGAAGGUCUGCAAGUACGCGCCAAACAGCAUACUUUUGAUCGUAACGGCACCAGUGGACAUACUGUCGUACGCGGCAAUGAAACUCUCAGGCUUCCCGCCGCACCGUGUCAUGGGGCUGGGGACAUUUUUGGACAGCUGUAGGUUACAGUACUUCAUCGCGCAGAAGCUUGGAAUUUCGGCGAGCUCGGUGCAAGCCUCUGUUAUUUGCGAGAACGGGCCCACGUCUGUGCCCAUCUGGUCCGCCGUGACAGUCAUGGGCAUCAAACUGAAGGACAUCAACAAAGAUAUCGGUACUAAAACGGAUCCAGAGUCUUGGGGUGAAUUACACGCAAAAGUAAUCGAGUCCGAUAAAGAUCUUAUCACGAGAAAGGGAUAUCGCUGCUGGGGCAUUGGUAUCUGCGCUGCCGAGGUCGUGGACGCCAUCGUUCGAAAUACCUGUAUCUGCAUCACCCUGUCCACGUACUUAAAGGGUUGUCGGCACGGCCUGGAGAAAGAUGUCUACAUGUCUCUGCCCUGUAUAGUUGGCAGGAAUGGCGUACAAACGCUUCUUCGGCAUCCGUACACAAUGGAGGAGCAAGAACUUACGGAGAACUCUUGCAGAGCCAUUUAUGAGACUCAAAAAUCAAUUCUUCAUACUUUGGAAUAA